CGGCGCCGGAUCCCCGGGUAAGAGGGCACCGCCCAGCGUGCAGCCCGGCCAGGCCCGACGAGGCCACGCGCCCGGCUCCCGCGCCAUGGGGCGGCUGGUGGCCGUGAGCCUCUUGGGGAUAUCGCUGGCGCUCCUGGGCGAGAGGUUCCUGGCGCUCAGAAAUCGACUUAAAGCCUCUCGGGAGCUAGAAUCCAUUGAUCUUCCAAACUGCCAUCUGAUUAAAGGAAUCGAAGCUGGCUCUGAAGAUAUCGACAUUCUUCCUAAUGGCCUGGCUUUCUUCAGCGUGGGUCUGAAGUUUCCGGGAUUCCACAGCCUCACACCAGAUAAACCUGGAGGGAUUCUAAUGAUGGAUCUAAAAGAAGAAAAACCACGGGCAUUAGAAUUAAGAAUCAGCCGAGGCUUUAAUUUUGCUUCAUUUAAUCCACAUGGCAUCAGCACUUUUAUAGAUGACGAUGAUACAGUUUAUCUCUUUGUCGUUAACCACCCAGAAUUCAAGAAUACAGUGGAAAUUUUUAAAUAUAUAGAAGAAGACAAUUCUCUUUUGCAUAUCAAAACCAUCGAACAUGAACUUCUUCCAAGCGUGAAUGAUCUUGUAGCUGUUGGACCUACACAUUUCUAUGCCACCAAUGACCACUAUUUCUCUGAUACGUUCUUAAAAUAUUUAGAAACAUACUUAAACUUACACUGGGCAAAUGUUAUCUACUAUAGUCCAAAUGAAGUUAAAGUCGUGGCCGAAGGAUUUGAUUCAGCAAGUGGGAUCAGUAUUUCACCUGAUGAGAAGUACAUCUAUGUUGCUGACAUAUUGGCUCAUGAAAUUCAUGUUUUUGAAAAACACCCGAGUAUGAAUUUAACUCAGCUGAAGGUGCUCAAGUUGGAUACACUGGUGGAUAAUUUAUCUACAGAUCCUUCCUCUGGGGACAUCUGGGUCGGCUGCCAUUCCAAUGGCCAGAAGCUCUUCGUGUAUGAUCCCAACAAUCCUCCUUCAUCUGAGGUUCUCCGCAUCCAGAAUAUUCUGACUGAGAAACCUACAGUGACAACAGUUUAUGCCAACAAUGGAUCUGUUCUUCAGGGAAGUUCUGUGGCCACAGUAUAUGAUGGGAAGCUACUCAUAGGCACUUUAUACCACAGAGCCUUGUACUGUGAACUCUAAGUUUGUGCUUUGAGUGUGCAAGUGGGAUACUUUUUCUUAAGAAUUUUAGAUGACUUACUAAUUCUGAAGGACUCUACCCGCAAUGUUUACCAAGAAAUGGAUGCUAUAUAUAGAUAGUUUUAUUUUGGUAAUGAAAAGCCCCUUUGGCUCUUAUUGCACUUUUAA